GUUGACGUCAUGACGCAUGCUGAUGUUUACGUUUGUGACGAAGAACUCCAGUUCCCGUCAUGCCUCGCGGCUCCUCACAUGUGGCGGACCGUGUACCGUUAGCAUCAUGUCCGUGUUUAUGGACCUGAACCUGAUCCAGAACCAGACGGAGGACCGGAGCGGACUGAAGAGUCUGAUAGAGACCGCAGCUCACCUCGGUUUCUCCACAGUUGCUGUGAACUAUGUGUUCGAACCCACAACCAAGAAAAAGCAGAACAUUCCCUCCCCGACUCCGAUCAAUGAGCUGAUCGAUCAGCUGCCGAUCGUACAGGGUCGUUCUCGUCCAAUUAGAGUCCUGAACAGACUGACCAUCGUGAUGUCAGACUCCAGCCACUACAGGCCGACGGCUGCGGAGUAUCGGCGUUUCGAUCUCCUCGCCGUUUACCCGACCACGGAGAAGCUCUUCCAUGCGGCGUGUAUGACGUACGACGUCGACAUCAUCUGCAUCUCGGUGACGGAGAAGCUGCCAUUCUUCUUUAAGAGAGCGCCGGUCAACGGGGCGAUCGAGCGCGGCGUUGCGUUCGAGGUCUCGUACUCGGCCGCCAUCAGAGACGCCACCAUGCGGCGCUACACCAUCGCCAACGCCAUCGCCCUCGUGGACACCUGCAAAGGGAAGAACGUGAUCGUGUCCAGCGCGGCCGAGAAGCGUCUGGAGCUUCGAGGACCGCACGACGCAGCCAACCUAUCCUUGUUGUUCGGUUUAUCAGACGCAGACGCCAAAGAGGCCGUUUCCUCCACGUGUCGAUCAGUCGUCCUGCAUGCAGAGCGCAGGAAAUCAGCCGGAGGAAUCAUUCACACCACGAAGACCAGCCCUGAGGAGACUCCGCCCACUCCUGAUGACCGUGACGCUCCUGCUGCCAAAAGAGCCAAACCCCUGGAGACCGAGUGAUUGACAGCUGAGUGGGCGGGGCUACCUGACCAGGAUAUUUGUUUUUGAUUGAUGAUCAGUGUCAGAGACCGCCAGCUCUGUUUUCAGUUUGUUUGUUAAAUAAAUAGUUUGUUGCUUCUGUGUCGUCUUUUGUUUCUGACCCCUUCUGGUCCCUAGAGGAACUACAGCCGAUACAUCCGAUUAUUGAUUCUGUAUUUUUAGCUGAUUUAAUCAUCAGAAACGUGUAAAAGAAUUCAAUAAACUCAUCAGAGAAACAUUCGGUUAAACAUGGAGUUUUAUUUAAAUCAGUUAAUACAAACGCUGUGCUCUGAUUGGUCAGAUUUACAUUCAGUCAUUUAAAAAAUUAAACCUUCAGGUAUAAAAAUAGAAUCUCUUCAAUCAUCAAAUUAAUGUUUAGGUUUUCCAUUCACGGACAAACACAUUUUAACGUUAACACUUUCAAAUGCCUUAGAAUCAUUUCAUCUGAAAAAAACUUCAUCUGAUCAGCUGAUCAAUAAACACCUCUGUCACUAACGAGCCAAUCACUGAUCAGCUCUGAUGAGGGGGCGGGGAGUGUUCCAUGCAGUUAGUAAUAGCCCUUUACUGGCGACAGUGAACGUCUCAUCCAGAGGUCAAAGUCCUGACCUGGAAUAGCUGAGGCAGCUCAUUAAUUAUUGAUAAUUACAAAUCUGAUCAAUUGAAAUGGACCUGAUGAGUUCAGGGAAUAUUGGACAAACCAAUCAAAUGGGACUGAGGAGGAGGAGGACAAUUUGAUUGGACGGGAAUGCUAAGGGGGCGGAUCUACAACUUUGAAGGAGCUUUUCACUGAAUCAUAGUUUUGCUUUAAGGCGUUCCUGAAGGUGCAUUCAAGGACAUCUGGACUUUGGACACUCAGCUGUGUGGUCAAAACAAACAGUUCAGUUUGAUUAGUUUGGAAUUUCAGACGGUCCUCAAACGCACCGACAGGAAUGAAACAGCGAACAGUGAAACGGUCCUUUAAGAGUUAGUAAAACACGAAAAAACACCUUGAACUUGAAUAAAAAUAUGAAUAAACUAAAAACAAAACACUAAGCUAA